AAAAAAUAAAACAAGCGACGCUCGGGAGAAAAAGUGCAAUCCACAAAGUUUUUCCUACCGACCGUUCGAGUUUUCGUGGCAUUUUUUCGACAUUUAAAAAUAUUGUGCAGCGGAAUAAAGUUUCAAAAUGCGUAAGGAAAACCUCAAACGUAAGGGAAUCGACGAUGUCGAAACUGCAGAAGGUGAGGAAAACGAGGAAAUAGACUCGACAGAAGAGGCCGAAAAAACUGAGGAUUCGUCGGAUGAGAAAAAAGACGAAAAAGCACCGACUGAGGAUGAGGAAGAACAGGGCGAUGACAAACCGGCCGCUGAAGAAAAUGGUGAUUCGAAAGAGCAGGAAAAUUCGGACGAAGAUUUUCAGGACGCCGAAACCGAUCAGAAGGCAACGGAGGAAAAAACGAACGGAACUUCCUCGAUUGAAGUUCCUGUCAAAAAACGGGGAAGGGCCAAAGCCGUGAAGAACGGUGAUGAUAAGGGCGAGGAAAAUGGUAAGGCCGAAACGGAUGGGGACGAUAAGAAAGAGGAUGGGGAGGAACAAAACGACGAAGACGAGGAUGACGCCGGAGAAGGUGAGGACGACGAUGCUGGAUCAGAUUAUGGCUCAUCCGGGGCCAAAAAAGCCAAAAAAACAGCGCCCAAAAAGCCUAAGAAAGCAACCCCCAAAAAACCGGCCAAGUCAGCAAAGAAGGCCAAAACUUCCGCCAAGAAAUCGUCCAAGGAUGAGGAUGAUGAUGAAGAUGACGCCGAAGAGGAGUACGAAGUGGAAGACAUCGUCGAUCAUAGGAAGGAACGUGGCGGUAAGAUGGUUUUCCGCAUCCGUUGGAAGGGUUACGGAGCUGACGAGGACACAUGGGAACCGGAAUCAACCCUAUCCUGUCCCGAUAUCAUCAAGAAGUACAAGGCUAAAAUUGAAAAAGAUGUCGAAGCCGAUGAAGAGUACGAAGUGGAAGAUAUCGUAGACCAUCGCAAGGAGCGUGGCAAGAUGGUAUUCCGUAUCCGCUGGAAAGGAUAUGGAUCGGACGAUGACACUUGGGAACAAGAAGCGACCCUAUCCUGUCCGGAUAUCAUUAAAAAGUAUAAGGCUCGAAUAGAUAAGGACGAUGGAGCUCCAGUAGCUAAAAAGGCUAAGACGCCCGCAAAAGCAAAGAAACAGCCUGCUAAAGCAUCACGUACUGCUCCGGGCAGAAAUGCCGCUUCAAAGAAAUCCAUGAAAGAUGAAAGUGAUGAAGAGGAAGAAGACGACGGUAAGGAAUAUGAAGUUGAAAGGAUUAUCGACGUGCAUUUCAAGAAAAACGGAAAACGGGAAUAUCUGGUCAGAUGGAAGGGAUUCUCUGCCAAGGAUGACACCUGGGAACCAGCCGACAAUCUAACUUGCCCGGAUCUUAUUGAAAAGUUUAACGAAAAACUCGAUAAAAAGAAAGAAGUCGACGACAAGGAGCUGCGCAUCAACAGAAAAACAACUGAACGAUUGACACUUGUAGAGAGAGGUCGCAAAACAUCUCGACGCAAUGCCGGCAAAGUGCGUGUCAAUUACUACGAUGGAGAGUAAGCAACUUUACUGAGCUCCAGAUUAUUGUUUUAACUUCAUUUUUCAACCCUUAACGUUGGUGAAAAACAGCAGUACAUAAGAUUGCAUUUUACUCGGUAACAGAAGAGAACAGGAGUGGACCGAUCAGAUGUCCAAUUUUCAAAUCUAUAAAACGAUCGCGACCGAUCGAAUAAAACCACACAUAAGUACAUCAAACCCAUUUUACGGUUCCUUGCAAGUCACACAUACAAGAUUCCCAAACGUAUUUGUUCGUCCCGUGAACCAAACUACAUUUUUGUCUUGUGUCUAGUGAUUAUGUAUUAAAAGUAGAUGAUAGAAUGCAUGCCGAUGAAAAUUAAACACUGUAGCCGGUUAGUGAACCGCGAAAAGAGAAUAUAUUUGGAAGGAACGAAAUUGCAUUACUUGUAACAAUGGUAAUAUUAAUAACAUAAAUAAACCGUAUCAUUCAUAGUGGUAUCUGA